UUACUCAACUUGAAAGCAUUACAUAAAAGCCAUCUGGCAACACUGUUCCAUUCAGUCCAUUCUCUAUCAUCCAUAUUAUUUUAUAUUUAUUGUCUGUGUGCAAAAAUUUGUGGUCGUUCGUGUGGGACGCUCUUUGGCGCUUUAUAAUUUAUUUUUCAUCGUUAAUUUCUUAUAUUUUCCUGCAUAAAAAAUGUCGGGUAUAGCGAGUGCACGUUUAGCUGAAGAGAGAAAAGCUUGGCGCAAGGACCAUCCCUUCGGAUUUGUUGCAAGACCAAUGAAGAAUCCAGACGGUUCUUUAAAUCUUAUGACAUGGGAGUGUGCGAUACCUGGAAAAAAGGGGACACCAUGGGAAGGUGGUUUGUACAAAUUGCGUAUGAUCUUCAAAGAUGACUACCCAUCAAGCCCACCUAAAUGCAAGUUUGAGCCUCCAUUGUUCCACCCCAAUGUGUAUCCAUCAGGCACAGUAUGUCUCUCCUUAUUGGACGAGGAGAAGGAUUGGCGCCCAGCAAUAACAAUCAAACAAAUAUUGCUUGGUAUUCAGGACUUGCUCAAUGAACCAAAUGUCAAAGAUCCCGCUCAAGCAGAGGCCUACACAAUCUAUUGUCAAAACCGGUUAGAAUAUGAUAAAAGAGUUCGAGCGCAGGCCCGCGCAAUGGCUGCCACUGAGUGAAUGUAGGCACACACACCGAAUUCUGUUGGCCAUGGCUGUUACAAUAUUCAUUGCAUUGAGGACUUGGCAAGACUGGAGCAUGCUUGUGAACAAGAUUAUUAGGGGAUAUGAAUAUGCAUUUAUAAAGUCAAACAUUCUAAUUUGUAAAAAAAAAUGUAUUCAAUUUUAUGAUGUUUCAAUCAAAUAUAUGUAUUAAUGUUCAUAUUUUUACCCUUACCACAUCUUUCAUAUUGCGGUGCAGUCAUGGUCCCCAACUAAUAGUAUGUAAGAGUUGUUGGAAUAAUCACUACUUGUAUCUUGAAGCAGUGACUAAUCUAACAAUAAGUUAAAAUUUAAUAUUAGAUAC